AUUGUGGCAGACUUGAGACUUGGUGUUUACUACCAGAAAUGCCACGACCACGACUGUAGAGGGAUUGACUAUCGUUCCCCUGAAAAGCCUGUACCAAAGGAAAUCAAUCCGUUGUCAAGUUGUGAGUUUGACAAGGUUUCAACUAAUGAUUUUGAUGAUCAAGAGCUUUGUAAGUUGUUAUCUGAAUGCGAGCAGGGACUAAAUGAUUCGAGGAGUGAUGAAAUGGAAGAGAUGCUAGACACAAGCGAAAACAACAUGAACGAAGAUUAUGUCUCAAGAAAUAAACAAGUCGUGAUGCAAUUUGACAGCAGUGGUUGUGUUACGCAACCUAAAGUUGGCGAUUGUGACUUCGGUAAUGAUUUAGACGAUGAAUUGCUGCUUGAGCUUGAGAUUCCACACCACAGUUGUUAUAACGAAGGUGCAGUUUCACAUACAAGAAGCCUUAAGGAUCGCAAAGAGCAUACGUUACAAUCUUGUCAGGAUAAUGAGAAUUAUACAAACGAAGUAUGGAAGUUAUCAGACGAGGGCAGCAACAAAACCAAAUUAAAUAGAACGGCUGGAAUGAACCUCUCAUCAAAUUAUGCGAUUUGUCAGGAUGAAACACAGGCUAGGAUGAGUGAAAAAUAUAUGAGUGGCGGGGUAUUAACUGAGAAUUAUUGCAUUUAUGAUGCAAGGGAAAAAUGUUUAUCGAAUGAGGAAGUUUCUGAGUGGUGAGAUGAAGAAUCUCUUGGUGAUUUGGAGUUGUCCAUGGCUGCGGAGGAGGCCGAAAGUGCGGCUUAUCUCAAAUGUAUCCUACUAGUUUAGUACACUUGUUUUUUUUUAAGUGAUAACUCUCUUUACCAGGAAAAACUUUAAAGAUAGUGCAAGAUAUUUGUUAGGUCCAAUUCGAUGUUGUCCUAUAGAGCCCUGAUUUCAAAGUCAGUUCGGAGAAGUGUUUUCUAAAUACAUGAAUGAGUGAUAAACGAUGUAUAGCUGAGAUGUCUCAGUUCUCAAAUAUGUGAUGAGCUGGUGUUAACGGAAAAGAGAAGCUUUCAAAAGAAGCUGUAAGAA